CGAUUUCGGUUGGGGAUAUCCAGGGCGCCCUCGACGCGUCCUUGCGCGACGCCUGUCCGAACCAGGACAUCAGUGGUUUUCUCAGAGUCGUCGCAGACCGCGACGCGACGUGGCGCGCAGCUCACAUGGCGAACGCCCUGGCCGUGGCAGGUCGGGCGUUCGCUUCCAUGGCCCCGAUCGUCGCGAAAGGGGCAGCGCCAGGAAUGAUGCUAGAGCAGGCCCUCGUCGCGAGCGGCGAGCAGAAGAAGGCAACUUUCACGGGUGCUUCCGCCGCGGAUAGGUCCAACAGCAUGGCCGAGGCAAUCGCGGCGCUCUGGGUGGAUUUCCGCGUUGGCAAGAAGUUCCGAAGCUCGGACGCGGUGCUCUUUGGGGGCGUCUGCCGCCGAGGGCGCGCCCGACCCCGCGAGGCCCCGCGGGGCUCCAUCGAGCUCGCCCAGGUCCGGGAAGCAGAGCGCCCGCGGGGCGUGGCCGACCUCGACUGGGGCGUGCUCGCGGCGGUCAUGGAGAGCAGCAAGCGUGGUCCGAACCAGAACCAAGCAGAGCAGAUCGAGCAGCAGGAGGCGCAGCCGAUCGCCGCCGACGAGGUGUCGAACGCGGGCGAAGGCAGCGGCGGCAAGAACGAUUACUGGAGGCCCGUGACCGCCGAGCUCCGCAAGCAGCGCCGCGAGAGCG